AUGACUGUAUUCGCAAAGGAUGGGAUCGAGAUACGGAAUUUAUUGAGAGCCAGACCAACACUCGUCGAACACGCGAUGCGCAAUCAAGAGAAACGAUUUGAUUGGGAGAAUCACGUCAUAAAAGCACGGGAGAAAGGAGUACUUUGCAACUCAUACAGAUGGGACGAAGCAGGCGCAAGAGUCCAGAGUUACCUCUUUCUCUGUCUGGUAGCCGAGGGAACCCGGCAGGACGAAGAACAGGAAGAAAUAGAAACAGAAAGCCUUGAAACCGAAAGCGAUCUGGUGGCUUUUGCCGAGUUUACAUCAAAUAACAAAUGGGAUGAAUAUCAAAUAGACAAAUUCUCGGUUAUGGCAAUCGCUGAAUCAUUUGAGAUCAAAAAUACAAAUCUCCUCUCGGAAGAUGAUCUGUAUGACCAUAUUGUGAAACUAAAAACAAAUUCAGAAGAAUUCUUCGCUAUCGCUGACUCACAAGAGCACACCAAACAAACAGCUACGCCCGUACGGGACGCCAGAGAGGCACUAUCGGCUAAGGAGAUCAAUAUCAGUAAAAAGUCAAAUAUCCCGAAGAUCACCUUCACAACUACGAAUACAUCCGGAAACAGAACGGAUCGGAUCACUUCAGACUACAACAUGAAAGCGACAUCGACCCAAACACAAUCGACUAAUACAGCAGCAACUACACAAACAUUUACAUCCGAACCACGAAAUACAACAACUUCUACACAAACACCCAAAAAAAGCACAGUCACGGAUAUCUGUGUCAGCCGUGUAGACUCGAACAUCUGCGUACAAGAAGUACAGACACACAACAUCGAACCACCAAUAAUGGGUUCCACGACGAUGGAAACCAGUCACGAAAUGAUAACAGAAGAACUGGUCGCCACGGCGGAGAAAGCUACAAAUACGGUGGAAUCUGAGGAGGACACGCCAUUGUUUAGACAAAGACUACAGCGAGUAUUGGGCGUUCGAUUCAUCGCCGCAGCCACCAGGAAAGAUCGAAAUCUUCGCGCUCUACUCAACUUUGUCAAAAAGAGGGAUUGUGAAGCAAUCAAGACUUCCUACGGCCAGUACUGGUACAACAUUAGAAACAGAUUCCAUGUCAGAGAGGUUUGCUUACUCAUUUACGAAAGAAUAGUCAUCCCUACACUGUUGAGACAGACAGUGCUCAAUAGUCUGCAUCUGACACACCCAGGAUCGGCAGCGAUGCUGGACCUCAGUAACCAUGAAAACGCGGCGUUGCGAGCCCAGAAAGUGUCAUUGAAAAUUCGGAUGGAAAGUCAGGAAGUGCAGCUACGACAAGCGGGAGAAUCUGGACGCAACUCGGCGAAAGAAAUUACGAGGUUGAACAUGCUGUUGGAGGGCAAGUACAAGUCAAUGAAGAGUGACCUGCAGGGCUUCGAGAGUGAGCAGGAGUUCAAGAUCAAGAAGGAUGAUAUCACUCUACAAGAACUUCACCGAGAGCAAUGGCAUUUCAGGGAACUUCGCCGGGAGCUUGAAAGCACAAAAGAACAACUUCAGGUCAUAUUGAGGGAAAAAUCCGAAUUAGAUUACAUGAGAAGCGAAAGUGAACGAAAGUCACAUGGCUUGAAAGACGACUUGAAACGAGCUCAAUGGGAGCCAAACACGAUGGAGAAAGAGCUAAACACAAUGGAGAAAGAGCUAAAUACAAUGGAAAAACACGUGAACGAACUUGAAUUUGUUCGAGAAGAACGAGACUUGAAAUUUGAACGAGAGUUGGAGAAAAAAAAGGAGCAAAUUUCAGAUUUGAAAGCAGAAUUAGAACGAUCCAACGACAAUCGUGAACUUUUGAAAAAUAGCUCAAGCAGAGAACUUCACCGGGAGCUUGAAAGCACAAAAAAACGACUACAGAUCAUUUUGAGAGAAAAAUCCGAUUUAGAGUACAUGAAAAACGAAAGUGAACGAAAGUCACAUGGCUUAGAAGACGACUUGAAACGAGCUCAACAGGAGCUAAACACGAUGGAGAAAGAGCUAAACACAAUGAAGAAAUACGUGAACAAACAUGAUAUUGUUCGAGAUGAAAGAGACUUCAAAUUUGAACGAGAGUUGAAGAAAAAAGAGGAGCAAAUUUCAGAUUUGAAAGCAGAAUUAGAACAUUCCAUCGACAAUCGUGAAGUUUUUAAAAAUAGCUCAAGCAGAGAACUUCACCGGGAGCUUGAAAGCACAAAAAAACGACUACAGAUCAUUUUGAGAGAAAAAUCCGAUUUAGAGUACAUGAAAAACGAAAGUGAACGAAAGUCACAUGGCUUAGAAGACGACUUGAAACGAGCUCAACAGGAGCUAAACACUAUGGAGAAAGAGCUAAACACAAUGAAGAAAGAGCUAAAUACAAUGGAAAAACACGUGAACGAACUUGAAUUUGUUCGAGAAGAACGAGACUUGAAAUUUGAACGAGAGUUGGAGAAAAAAGAGGAGCAAAUUUCAGAUUUGAAAGCAGAAUUAGAACAUUCCAACGACAAUCGUGAAGUUUUGAAAAAUAGCUCAAGCAGAGAACUUCACCGGGAGCUUGAAAGCACAAAAAAACGACUAGAGAUCAUUUUGAGAGAAAAAUCCGAUUUAGAGUACAUGAAAAACGAAAGUGAACGAAAGUCACAUGGCUUAGAAGACGACUUGAAACGAGCUCAACAGGAGCUAAACACUAUGGAGAAAGAGCUAAACACAAUGAAGAAUUACGUGAACAAACAUGAUAUUGUUCGAGAUGAAAGAGACUUGAAAUUUGAAAGAGAGUUGAAGAAAAAAGAGGUUCAAAUUUCAGAUUUGAAAGCAGAUUUACAACAUUCCAUCGACAAUCGUGAAGAUCUGAAAAAUAGCUCAAGCAGAGAACUUCACCGGGAGCUUGAAAGCACAAAAAAACGACUUCAGGUCAUUUUGAGGGAAAAAUCCGAAUUAGAGUACAUGAAAAACGAAAGUGAACGAAAGUCACAUGGCUUAGAGGACGACUUGAAACGAGCUCAACAGGAGCUAAACACGAUGGAGAAAGAGCUAAACACAAGACGAGAUGAACGAGACUUGAAUUUUGAACGAGAGUUGACGAAAAAAGAGGGCCAAAUUUCAGUUUUGAAAGCAGAGUUAGAACAAUCCAUCGACAGAAACUCGCAAAGAUUCUUGGAUCUUAAAAACGGCUUCAAAAUAAAAGAAAGAGAAUUGUACGAAGAACUGAGCCGAGUUAAAGAGCAGUAUUCGAAAAGCAAUGACUCGGUAGUCCGUGAAUUUCAGCGAAAAUUCGUCGAAAAAGAAACGGAAUGCAACAACUUGAUGAGAAGGUUGCAGAAACUUGAAAUAGAUUUCGGAAAAGAGCAACAGCUAUCGUUUUCGAAAUUGGAGAAGUUAGAAAGUGAGAGAGAGUAUUGGAGAAAAAAACUCGAACAUGAACAAAAUAGCCAGCGAGGAAAAAUCGAUGAAAUGAAAAACUCAAAAGAUAGAGAAAUUUCAGUUUUGAAAGCAGAGUUAGAACAAUCCAUCGACAGAAACUCGCAAAGAUUCUUGGAUCUCAAAAACGGCUUCAAAAUAAAAGAAAGAGAAUUGUUCGAAGAGCUGAGCCGAGUUAAAGAGCAGUAUUCGAAAAACAACGACUCUGUAGUCCGUGAAUUUCAGCGAAAAUUCGUCGAAAAAGAAACGGAAUGCAACAAUCUGACGAGAAGCUUGCAGAAACUUGAAAAAGAUUUCGGAAAAGAACAACAGCUAUCGUUUUCGAAAUUGGAGAAGUUAGAAAGUGAUAAAGAGUAUUGGAUAAAAAAACUCGAACAUGAACAAAAUAGCCAGCGAGGAAAAAUCGAUGAAAUGAAAAACUCAAAGGAUAGAAAAAUUUCAGACCUCCGAACUCGAAUGCUAAACAUUGAACAGAAAAUUAAUGAAAAAAUUAGACAUUUGAAAGACGAGUCAGAAAAAAGUCGAACAACGAGUGACUCUCAAGUUCAAAAACUUUCCAAUCAGUUGAGGGAAAACGCAUUCAAAUUUUCACAGGAGAAACAUCUUGUGAGUCAAAAACUUGAAAAAACGUCUGAUGAUUUGGCGCGGACAAAAGAUCAGCCAAGCUCGGUAAAAAUUCACUUUGGAAAGGAAGAAUUAAUCAUUAAAGAAGACAACAAACAAAGUCAGUUUGCCGAAAUUAAUGAACUGAAAACUCAGUUUUCGAAUGAGAAAUCGGAUUUCUUGAGAAAAGUACAACUUGCGGAUGAAAAACUCUCUACGCAGUUAAAAGAGUUUGACGCUCUUAAACAGGAACCGGGAAAAUUAUCAGAGCUGGAAAAAGAAAAUAAAUCGUUGAAAGCCGAAAGAAGACCUCAAUCAG